CGGCGAAUUUCGCCAAGAAGAAGGACCUGAAGUUGCCAGGUUCAUACCUGUCUAUGGGGUAUGGGUUUGUGGAGUUCCGUAGCCUGGAGGGUGCAGGGGAGGCUCUCAAGGUCAUGCAGGGUACCAGCCUCCAGGGGUACCUGCUGGAGCUGAAGAUAUCCAACAGGACCACAGCUAGCUCUCAGACAAACCUGCCGGGGAAGAAAAAGCAGAAGAAGAAGAAACAGAGGACCACCAAAUUACUGGUCCGUAAUAUUCCCUUUGAGGCAAAGAAACACGAAAUCAUGGAAUUAUUCAAAGUGUUUGGAGAGAUCAAGACAGUGCGGCUACCAAAGAAGAUGGGAGGAACAGGGUCACACAGAGGCUUUGGCUUUGUGGACUUCCUAACUAAACAGGACGCCAAGCGAGCGUUUGAAGCGCUGUGUCAGAGCACUCACUUGUACGGUAGAAGACUGGUGUUAGAGUGGGCCGACAUGGAGGAGGACGUUGACGACAUCAGGAAACGCACUGCUGACCACUUCCGGGAUGAACACGGGAAUAAGAAGUUCACAAAGUCCAAUCUGAAACAGAGCCUGGAGAUGUCUGUCACUGACUGAGGUUGCCAUGGGAACAAAUGAUACCCUGUCAAAGUGAGGCUCAAGGAAUGUGUAGUUGGACUAAACAUAUGCAUGACAUAGGGGACUAUGAUCAAUUUUGCAAGCAAUUAAGUGUCUCUAUGGCAGACUGACUGCCAUUAAUGCUUAACAUUAUCUGACCUGUUUUUGUUUCAAAGUAUUAAGUUAGGGAGGUGUUU